AUGGAGGAUUCUAUUAAGGCCGCGAUUGGCCGUUCGGGAUACCAGACUCGCAAACGGGUCGGAUCGAGUUUUGCUACUUUCUCAUUUCACAAACGUGGGCAUAUGGGCAGAUCGAUCUGUUACUAUGGAUCAUGUUCCUUUGGAAUAUCGAACUCUACCAGAUGGUUCCACUUUCUUGCACCAUCAAACGCCAGGCUUCCAUAUCUAUUUCUCUGUGGCAACCGUUCAGAGAGCGUGCGAAGGAGGCACUCAUUGCCUCCUAAAUCACUCGUUUAUCACGCACAGUUGUACUGCGUGCACGGCGUAUGCUCCCAGGGCGUUGAGAUACCACUUGUCUACUGCAUAACGUCGAAGAAGACGCAAAAUUUAUACGUGGAAAUUUUU